ACCACCAAGAAUCCACCCCAUACAGCCAUACUAAAUAAAUACUAGUAAAUAAUAGUCAUUAGUACUUACUUCAGUAUUUACGAAUCUAUUUACUAAUUUCGUUAAAAAUUAUUUGUUUUAAUGUUAAACUUUGAUGGUAUUAUAAAAUUCUUUACCGUGAUAUUAAUAUGUUUUAACUAUGGCAGUUUUAUAAAGUAAAGAUGAGUUCAAUGCCGACAAUUUACCAUGAAAAGCAAGUUAAAGAACUUUGUGCUUUACACGCCUUAAAUAAUUUAUUUCAGAAAAGCAAUACUUACUCCAAGUCAGAUUUAGAUUCAAUAUGCAGCAGAUUAUCACCAAAUGUGUGGAUCAAUCCUCAUCGAUCAAUCUUGGGUUUUGGAAAUUAUGACAUUAAUGUUAUUAUGGCAGCACUGCAGAAAAAUGGAUGUGAGGCCAUUUGGUUUGAUAAGAGAAAAGACCCAGGCUGUUUGAAUUUGGCAAAUAUUUGUGGUUUUAUCCUGAAUGUGCCAUCAGACUACAAACUUGGUUUUGUAAUGCUGCCAAUCCGGAGGCGCCACUGGAUUGCAAUCAGACAAAUACAAGGAAACUUUUAUAAUUUAGACUCUAAGUUGGAUGCUCCACAAUUGAUAGGCAGAAGUGCAGACCUUAUAGCAUAUUUAAAAGAACAAUUAGACAGUAAAGAAAAGGAACUGUUCAUUGUGGUCAGUCGUGAGGUAGAAGAAAAGCAGCUCUGGAUAAAUCAGUAUUCCAUGAACAACAGCAUAUUAACCAGCGAUGUGAAACAGGAGAUGCUUCCUAUUUGUAACAGUGAGGACAGUGUUAACUCGAGUUAUGAUUACAACAACCGCGACGCUGAGUGCCUGAGGUUGCAUGAAGUGAGAGACUAUACAAGCAUAGAGAACAAUGCAUAAUCAUGUUCAAUGUUUGAUGGUGAGAUGUGUGCCAUAAGAAGUGAAAAAAAAUUGUAUUUGACAAAAAUGUCUGAGUAAUGCAUUGUAUAAAGAACUAACUGACCCAACAGACAGUGUUCUGUUCACACUGAAAAAACUUGCGGGUGUAUUUCGUAAAAACCGUUCUUAGCUGACCUCUACUUGGGGAAAGGAAUAUUUCUAUCAAAUUCCAAGUCUCUAUGCCUUAUGGUUCCAGAGAUAUCUUGAUGAGUCAAAGUUGGUGGAAAUCUUUUUUAAAUAUAUAGAUUAAACAUUGUUGCACAUAAAUAUUAUAUUAGGCAAACCUAAUACAGUGGUUGUGACUUGGUAGAUACUAGAUUAUCUGUAGUGAUACUAAGUUGUUGCAUAAACAAUGAUUUAUCAUGUUUCCAGUCAUUAACACUCGGUGCUGAAGCAUCACACUAAUGUGGUGAUGAUGUACAAGUCACUAUGCUUAUGACUGAGGACUGAACAGCUGACAACUUUCUACAUCAGCUCCUGUAUAGACCAUUAUUUGUGGUCACUACAUUAUGACAUUGAUAUUAAUUCCGCUUUGUUGUGCCAAAAAUUCAAACAACAUAAUAUUUUAUAUUAAUUUUUUUAUGUCAUCUCCUUCACUUAAUUAAAUCUCUAUGUAUAUUUGUAUACAAAUUUUUGAUUUAAAAUUCUUGUCUUGUGUUUGGACAUUUCGCCCCUAACCCUUUACACGCUAAGCUAAACAUGCAAAUGACAUGAUUCAUAAAUCUUGGUUUGUUUGUUCAACACUCCAGUGGUGUCGAUUCAUCUGAGACUGCGUAAAUAUUCAAUUUAUCUUAAAAUUCCGAAAUCAUUUUAAGAUUAUUACCAAUGACGUUAAAAUGUCAUUGAUUAUUACCCAAAUUUUCAUCAUGUUGAAUUUUUCAGCUGUUGUACCUACCUACCUACUUGGUACACCUCAUAUACAUUAAAAACAAUGUCUCCAACAAAAGACAGUCAUGUCUAUUGGAAUUAGUAGUUCUUAUAUUAUUAAAACAUUUGUGAGACAAUGUUAACUUAUUUAUUAAUACGGCUUUACUCGCGAUUUAUUGGUGUGCGUACCGACUAGUUUCGGUCUGGGUUUGUGAUAACCCUCGACUCACACCCACUACACUCACCCUGAAGAAUGACCUCCGAAUGGUCUGAAACUAGUAGGUACCAACACUGAUAAAUCGUAAGAAAUGCAAUAUUAAUAAAUAAUAUAGUAGUUCUUAAAUGUAAACAAAUCAACUUUCAUGCUUUUGGCACAUUCCUCAUCAGUUCAGCCAAUGAACAUUGUGUCUUAAAAUAAUAAUAGUUGUGUUCAUAUUUGUGUGUGUCUGAAUUGUGUGUACUCUGUGUUGUCUUGUCAUUAUGAGAGUAAUUAUUAGGUAUUUACAUUUUAUACUCUUUGUUAGUUUAUAUUUGUUUGUUGUUAUUCAUUUCUUCCAAUAUUGUUGGGCUUAAUUUUACCACUUAUCCAAACCACUCAAUCAAAUUGUUAGUUAUCCUGUUACUUUUACAUUAUAAUAUAUAAAAAAAAAAUAUAUGUAACAAUACUAUGGAUAAUGUUGAUGCAAUAUUUGAUUUUAUAUUGAAAAAUCAAACAUUUUAUUUAAUUCAAGUCAUAUUUUAGUUUAUGUAAAUAUUAGGUAUAUUGUUAUCGAGACAUUUUUGUUAUCAUAAUAUCUAAAAUUACGACAGUAAAUGCGUAUUUAUGCAAUUUAUUUUACAGAAAUUAGAUUUUUUUAUGCGACCCAAACUAAGAGGAGUGAAAUUAAAAAAAUAUAUAUCUUUUUGCUAAAUAGUAAAUUUUACGUCUUUUAUUACCAGAAACAAUAAUCGUAUUUUUUUUUAACUACGUUGCACUUGACGACAUGCCGCUAUGCCACUUGUCAGAUGAGAAUUUUGUUUGUUAAAGUUCUGCACCUACUUCAUAGCACUUUAAACUAAUAAAAUUAAUUCUGCCCGCAGUCAAUAUCUUGUUUUGUACGGGUCCCUUCUGUCUGUGGUAUAUGCACCGUUUUAUUACUAAUAUAUAUAAUAUAACAUUAGAAGACCUGUAUAAUAAAUAUAUAUAUAUAUAUAUUACCCAUUUGCACACUUACUUACUGCAAAGUAUUAAUCUUAAGAGUACAUGACACUUAGGCUGAGAUCUAUAGAGUGUAUUUAGACUCUGUUUAGACUUAGCUUAUGUAAAACUUUGCUGAGUGUAAAAUCUUUGAUUUCGUAUUUUAUUUUUAUUUUUAUGAAAAGCUUAUGCGGAGCUUAAACUUAGGCAGCCCAACGCAAACGUCAGAGUGGGAGGCUCUAUUGUACAGGAUGCCUGCUAGAUUAUGGGUACCACAACGGCGCCUAUUUCUGCCGUGAAGCAGUAAUGUGUAAACAUUACUUUGUUUCAGUUUGAAGGGCGCCGUAGCUAGCUAGUGAAAUUACUAGGCAAAUUAGCCUCAACAUCUGAUGUCUGUCAAGGUGUGAUGUGAUGUCAAGGUGACGGUCGCAGUUGUAGUACCGCUCAGAAUUUUUGGGGUUUUUCAAGAAUCCUGAGCGGCACUGCAUUGUAAUGGGCAAUCCCUUAUUUUCAUAAAAUAAAACAUAAUUUUUUAUCAUUAUGAAUGGCUUUGGAGACAGAUCCUUUAAGUUAUUAAUGUUGUUAUGUUAAUCCAUUGACAGUUCACAAUGCUUGUGAGGUUUAUAGAAGAUAUCAACAUAUUUAAGUUUUAUUCAUAAUAGUAUAGAUUAUUUUAAUUUAUUGUUUUCUCUGUGGCUUAUAUUGAAGCUCCUAAAGCUUCAAAGUGUCUGUAAAAUUGAAAUAACGGCUUUAUAUUUUUUAUUUUAUAACCGUAAUAAUAUAUAUCCAGUGUAUUUCGUUAUUAAACUUACAACAAGCUGUUAUUAAAUUAUUUGUUUUUAUUGUAUUUGAUAAGAUUGUGCUGGCCUAACUUAUAUGUGUGUUUAUUGACGUACCAGUGACACAUUCGUUAUAUUGUAAAUGAUAUUUUAACCUCUAAUUUGUUGUGUUAAACUAAUCGCCUACCUAAUUAAAGAAUAUGUUAACAUAUUUUCAUCCAAUCAUUUAAUAUCGAAUGGUUUAAAUAAUUUCAACAGAUGUACAUAUAUUUUAAGUUCUGUAAUAAAUACAAUUUUCAUAUUAAUGACAUUUAGGUAUAUGAUCGACAAAUAAAACAUGUAAAUACUACGUCUUGUCCACUUAUACCAUACGGGCUACAUAUUGUGAUAUCUCCUAAAAAUGUGUAAAAUGUAAAUUUUCGUGAAUGUUCUAUUGCAUGUAAAACUUCUCGAGAGGUAAGUGGGCAGUAUUAUAAUGUACUCAGCAUGUACCCAUUGAGGUAAUAUGUACACCGUACUAGAGCAGCUAUUGCGAACCAAAUAUAAGACGCAACUUGACUUAUCCCGGAGGGUAGCCCAUUCCCUUGCUUGGGCGCAAAAAAAAAAAGCGGGACUCUGACACUUAAUUUGGCAGUUGUCACCGCGAUGACGUCUUUUCGUCACGAAUUAAAUCAAUAAAACCGUGUUUUGAUAAUAAUACUUGUGUGUUUAGAUUUAUAAAGUAUCUGAAUAUACUUCAAACAAUUUUUAAACGGUCGUCAUUAAAUGCGUCUUAUUGGUACAAACGCUUAGCAUAGACUAAGCGAGUUGACUACAGCUGGCUACAACUUGUGUUACAAAUAAUCAAGGUGAGACGUGUUCUAAAGAGUCUAGUACGUAGUACAUAAUAUUACCUCAAUAGUUAAGUUCACUGAGCUAUUUCGUGAAUACCUAAAAAAUAAAUUAACUUCUUGUGGUAUUAAAUUUGUAACCAAAAAUUAUGAACGAUGGGCGACUCGAAUCCGCGACCCCUCAGGUUCCGUUCGAGUGAUGUAGCAUUCAUAAAUCUUGGUAUGUUUUGUUCAACUCUGAGAUUGUGGCUCCAUCUACAGGAUCUACUUUACAGUUGAUGACCUGCUCAACCCCAAUAAUAUCAUAUUAGGAAAUUGACUUAGAUGUCGCUUUUUCUAAAUCUAAACACCUCUUGAAUCUUGAUCCCGAGAGUUCGCGGGUUCGAGUGCCACAUCGUUCAUAAACUUUGGUUACUAAUUUAAUUUCAUUAAUCCCAAAAGUUUUAUUUUAAUAUCCCUUAUAUUAAAAAAUAACAAAUUGUUCUUGUGGUAUUUAAUUAUAGAUAAUAAUUAAGCUUUUUGCUAAGCGUGACUUUAUAGAAAAUUAAUUCUUUUAUAUUGUAUGUGCCACUUGGCAAAAAUGUUCAAAGUUUUGUAAAUUCGUACUCCGAUAGUAGUCUUCCAUUCACCAGAAAACAAUAUAUUAUAUUAGCAUUAGUUAUCUUGUUACAAAAGUGGUUUGUUUGCGCUCUGCCAGAUAUUUUAGACUGACACAAAAUUUCGAGUUAACUUAUGGUUUCGUUAUUUUUCUUCUACUAUGUAACAGCGUGCAUUGUACAGUAACGCGGCGGUAACCUUUAGAAUCGCAGUUAUUGUCCCAGUAAAUAAAAGAAUCGGACAGCAUCCUCGUGGUUCUACUAUAACUCCUCAACUUUUAGUUGCGUUGCGGGCACAGCGCCAUUUUUACGUAACAAAAACAUUUGAUUGAUAAAAACUUGGUAUUUCUGUCUGUCUGAAUACAUAACACAAUUUUGCGGUUGCAAUAAUGCGCACGAUUUUUAAUGAGAUCCCGUGCGGUACUAAAUUGCGUUCGAUUCUGAGACAAAAAGACAGAUGUUAGUCUAGAAGUCUUAGAAGUCUCAUUAUCCCAGUCAUUUCACUAGCAACGAUGGCAAACCGAAACAAUAAUGCUUCCUCAGGGCAGAAAUUGCACCGUAGUAGAUCCCACCUAGCUGGCUUGCCACCUAGCUACUGUGUGUGAAGGAGCUCAUAUGUGCUUAUUUAAUGCUACAUUAAUACACUAUUAAAUAGUACAAACCCACGGUGGCAAUUAAAAAAAUAUAUUGUGUUGAACACCUGCUCAAAAAAUACAUCUACAAAGGCUCUAAGUUAUUGUUCAAAAGUUAAAUUGGGCUCCGGGGAUAAAUACAUGGUGUAGGUAUUACAAUUAUUAACGUAUUGAGUUGGGGUCGGCCUAAACAAUAAAAAAAACUGUUCAAGGACGAAUCGGAUUCGCACAGGAAAACUUCCGUACCACCAAACAAGAUGUACCUAACACAAUGUACAUUUUAAAUGAAUCGUUUGUGUAAAUUUGCAUGGCCGCCAUUUUGUAAUUCGCCAUCUUGUUUGUAUCAUUCGCUGUUUUAGCGGCAAAAGAAAUAUCAAAAUUUCAAACUAUUUCGUUGCCGUCUCUUGUUUAACAAAACCUGUAUUACCUGGGAGUCCGCUUUUGUGUCUGUGUGUAACGUGUGUGUUUAUGAACUUCGGGAAUAAUAUAAAAAGUAAACUUUUAUUUAUAUAAAUUUAGCAGCCAACGUUACUUAAGGAAAGUCUUUCAAAUAACACCCUCUCUUCUUCCUAUUGGGUUUUAUUGUCAAGGUAUUAUGUCCUGGUAGUGUGUUCUUUGCAUGAUUGAACCUUCAAAUAUGACUUGUCAAAAUAUCAUCGCAUCGCACCUACAGCAAUAUUACAAGCAAAAUCAAUAACCAAAGAAAUCAAAGAGUAGAUAUCUAACAUAGUGUGACGUUACCUUCAUUGUACCUACUGUGUUUCUAUUCUAUAUGAAAUCUUGUAUUUGUGUAAAUAAACAAUAUUUUUUCAUUUA